AUGGAAAUCCAGGAGUGCCGCAGGAUAUGGUACGGACGCGUCAUGCUCGACAAAUACGUGUCGACGUACAUUGGUCGACCACUUGCGAUCUUCGAAAAGGAUUACGAUCCACAGCUGCCGAGUGAAACAGAGCCCGACGAAUUGGAGCUAUGGAGCCCAUUCCACUCGUCUCGGGCCAGCACACGCUCGCUGGAGGAAACAGCUGACUCAGCGAUUGCGCCACCGGUUCCCGCGCGCACUCUGUCGUUCUUCAAUGCAUCGUCGAAGCUGUCUGGCAUAUUGAGCUGGAUCGUGCAGGUUAUCUACUCUAUACGACCUGGAUUCAGCCGACACGCAGAAUCGAUGCGUCUCGAAGGUCUGUUGAAUAAAUGGUACCUGGACCUUCCGCAGUACCUUCGAUACGAGCCGGGCCAAAAGACCGUACCGCUGCCCCAUAUCCUGACGCUGCACAUGCACUAUUGGUGCACAUCGUUACUGCUUUACAGGCCAUUUAUACGGCGUGUACACUUGGCGAGUAAACAAAAAUCCGGGGGAAGUGACGACGGCAACUCCCGAGCUGUCUCCGAGAAAAACUACGAACUUUGCGUCCGUGCCGCAAAUCAUAUAUCCUCGAUAGCGGCAUCUUAUCGCGAGCAUUACGACCUUGGUCGAUCC